GCAUACUCUUUCUUUCUUUCACUACUACUCUUGCACCUAUACUUGUUAGAGACAUGCAUUAGCAAAAACAUAGUAAUUAACACAGAUCAAUCAACUCUACUUUCAUUGAAAGCUAGUUUUACUCUAAACUCUUCUCAUCCCUUAACUCAAAAUUGGUCUUCUCAAGCUUCAGUUUGUGAUUGGAUUGGAGUCACUUGCGGCUCUCGCCACCAUAGGGUGAGAGCACUAAAUGUAUCCAACUUGAACAUUCUUGGAAACAUUCCACCACAAUUGGGAAACCUCUCAUUUCUCGUUUCGCUUGAUCUUAGUAGUAAUAAUUUCCAAGGAGACCUCCCUCAAGAUUUGUCUCGUUUACGUAGAUUGAAGGUGAUGAAUCUAGCAAACAAUAACUUCACUGGCCAGAUUCCCAAAGAUUUUGGUAACCUUAUGAGGUUAGAGAAGUUGGUUCUAGUCAGUAAUAAACUUAGUGGCUCAAUUCCAUUCUCCAUUUUCAACAUUUCCUCGUUGGAAAUUUUAGCUCUCACAUAUAAUCAAUUAUCAGGGAGUCUACCUGUAGAUAUAUGUCGUCGUCUUCAAAAAAUAAAGAGUAUUUCAAUCAUUUCCAACCACUUGAGUGGUCAAAUUCCAACAGGUUUGUCUAACUGCACAGAAUUGUAUGAAUUGUCAUUGUCAUACAAUAACUUCAGUGGAACCAUUCCACCAGAAAUUGUAAACUUGGAGAGGCUUCAGUUCUUAAACCUUGGGGGAAACAACUUGCAAGGCACAAUUCCAGCAAAGAUUGGUAAUUUAGGAAAGAUGCAGCAAUUACAAUUGGAGAACAAUCGCAUCGUGGGUUCAAUACCACGCACCAUAUCGAACUUAUCAUCACUAUGGAUGCUUAAUUUGAACACAAAUAAUUUAUCAGGUAUUAUACCCAGAGAGAUUGGAAAUCUUCACAAACUGGAGAUACUUUAUUUGCAAAUUAAUAAGUUAAGUGGUUCCAUACCGGAAGGGCUCUUCAAUAUCUCUACACUAACAGAGGUGUCAGUUUUCUUCAAUAACCUUUCGGGUAGUCUUCCAUCUGCUUCAGGCUACUGGCAAACAAAUCUACAGCUUUUGAAUCUUGGUCAAAACAACAUUGGUGGAGUAAUACCCACUUCAAUCUCCAAUUCAUCAAAUCUAGAGAUUAUAGAUCUUAGUAUAAACAAAUUCAGUGGCCAAAUUCCUAACUCGUUGGGGGAUUUGAGGGAUCUUGAAUAUCUGGACUUGUUCGUUAAUAACUUAUCGUCUCCGCACCUAAGUAUCUUAACUUCAUUGGUGAACUGCAGAUAUUUGAAAGAAGUAAUAUUAGGGGAGAAUCCUCUGUAUGGUGUUCUUCCAGAUUCCAUUGGCAAUCUCUCCAUUUCUAUCAUGGAACUUGAGUUAUAUAGUUCUGAAAUUAGAGGCCAGAUACCAUUAGGAAUUGGGAAUUUAAGUAACUUAAACACUUUGUCCCUAUCCGGCAAUGACUUGACUGGAUCAGUGCCAACAACCUUAUGUGAUUUACACAUUCUUCAAAGGCUAGGACUUGGUCUUAAUAGGUUGAGUGGAUCCUUGCCAGAGUGCCUUUGCAAAAUGUCAUCGUUGGGCUUGCUUUCUUUGUACUAUAAUCGGAUUUCUGGUCCGAUACCAUCUUGCAUUGGUAAUGCAACCUCUUUGAGAAACGCUUAUCUAAAUUCAAAUAGGCUCACUAACAUACCCACAAGUCUAUGGAGCCUCAAAUAUCUUUUGGUGCUUAACUUGUCAAAUAAUUCUUUGAUUGGUUCUAUACCUCCAGAAUUAGGGAACUUGAAAGCCAUAACAUCCAUAAAUCUGUCCAGGAAUCACCUUUCAGGAAGUAUUCCCUCCACAAUUGGAGACUUGCAGAGCCUAGUUUAUCUUUCCUUGGCUUAUAAUGAGUUACAAGGUUCUAUUCCAGAGUCACUUGGGAAAAUGAUAAGUUUAGAAUCGGCGAAUCUAUCCAAUAACAUUCUUUCAGGUACCAUUCCAAAAUCAUUAGAGUUGCUUCGGUAUCUGAAGAAUUUCAAUGUAUCAUUCAAUAGAUUAGAAGGUGAAAUCCCAAGUAAAGGACCUUUUCUCAAUUUCAACUCUCAAUCUUUUAUGGGAAAUGGAGGGUUAUGCGGCGGUUUAGUUUUCCAACCUUGUAUGACUAGGUCUUUUCAUCAUUCAAGGAGAGGCAAACUGCUUCUGAUUAUACUUGUCUCACUGGGAGCUGCGGUAAUGGUACUUGGCUCAAUCGUUGUGUUUAUGUUAAGGAGACGUUGGAAUAGAAAUAUUCCAACUGAAGCUGAAUCCUUUGCUGCAACAACACUAGCCAGGAUUUCAUACAUUGAAAUUGAAAGGGCAACUCAAGGGUUUGACCAAUGCAACUUGCUAGGCUCUGGAGGUUUUGGCUCUGUUUACAAGGGCAUGUUUGCAAACGGGAUGACUUUGGCAAUCAAAGUGUUUAAUUUACAGGUUGAAGGAGCGUUAAAGAGCUUUGAUGCUGAAUGUGAAGUUUUACGCAACCUUCGUCAUAGAAAUCUUACCAAAGUUGUCAGCAGUUGUACUAACUUGGAUUUUAAAGCAUUACUUCUUGAGUAUAUGCCUAAUGGAAGCCUAGAGCUGUGGUUACAUUCUGAUGAUCGCUUCUUGAAUAUGAUCCAAAGAUUAGACAUAAUGAUUGAUGUUGCAUUUGCUUUGGAAUAUCUCCAUCAUGGUUAUGAAACAGUUGUUGUACAUAGUGAUUUGAAGCCUAGCAAUGUCUUGCUAGACGAAAAGUUGGUUGGACAUGUGAGUGACUUUGGCCUGACCAAGUUAUUAGGAGAAGGGGAAUCAAUUGCUCAUACUAAUACACUUGCUACAAUGGGCUACAUUGCACCAGAGUAUGGAUCAGUAGGAUUAGUUUCUACAAGAUGUGAUGUGUACAGCUACGGCAUUAUGCUCAUGGAAACUUUCACAAGAAAUAGGCCAUAUGAUGAAAUGUUUGACGGAAAUUUAAGCAUGAGGAGUUGGGUCUGCAAUUCAGUACCUGCAAUGCCAGAGGAUAUUAUUGAUGUCACGUUAAUGGAACCAGAAAAGACUCACUUUCAGGAAAAGUUGUGUUGUGUGUCUUCUAUUUUGGAGGUGGCGUUGCAUUGCACAACUGAAUCUCCCAAUGAAAGGUUGAACAUGAUAGAAGUCCUUGCAAAUAUCAAGAAGAUAAAGCAGGAAUUUCUUCGCAAAUGAUGUACGUAGCAGUGGUUGUACGUGCUGCCUUUUCUCCUGGUUUAGCAAAUUUGGGUGAUACCAAUUGAGAUGAAAAAUCAACAUUUGGUCCGAGAUUUGAACUUUUCUUGUUUCUGUUCUUGUGAAUAUUUCGACAUUUGGUAAAAUAAGUCUAAUGUAUAAGAUGUGUACUACAGUUGGAAUAGAAGAAUGCCCUGUAUAAUAUUGGAUUGUUAAUGUAUAAUAUUGAACUAAAAUUUAGCGUGUGCA